GAAAUCUAUGUUUCUGAAUUAUACCUAAUUCAGAAGCAUAGAUUUUAGUUUAAAUAAAUGAUGAUUUUUUCAUCAAAUUCUUUGCUGCAUUUAUCAUUUAGGUUCCUAAACAUUUUAACAACACCAUCUAUUAUACCUUACCCUUAUAACAUUUAAUUUUAUAUCCUCUCUCUCUUUCUCCCUCUCCCUCUCUGCAUACAAGAUAUUUUCCUCUCCUCCCUUCUCUGUCCACCCUGAAGGCGGAGUUGUGCUUUGCAAACUUUUUAAAAGCUUUGAUGCAGAGGCUGAAGUAGGGGGAAAAAGUUUUAACAACUUCAGUAAGAGGAGGAAGUCAGCAGAAAGCAACAGGCUUUUAAACUUUAAAAAGACAGGUCCAAGUGCAUGUCCUUUAAACUUGCUCCUUUUAGUUUUCAAGAACUGCCUGGAAAUUGGGAUUUUUUUUCCAUCUUGGAGCUGCAAGGCAACCACUUUUGAGUAUGGGUGACUGGAGUGCCUUAGGAAGACUUCUUGACAAAGUUCAAGCCUAUUCCACAGCAGGAGGGAAGGUGUGGCUGUCUGUCCUAUUCAUAUUUCGAAUCCUUUUGCUAGGGACAGCAGUGGAAUCAGCCUGGGGCGAUGAACAAUCAGCAUUUGUCUGCAAUACUCAGCAACCAGGUUGUGAGAAUGUUUGCUAUGAUAAGUCAUUCCCUAUCUCUCAUGUGCGUUUCUGGGUACUUCAGAUCAUAUUCGUCUCAACACCUACCCUGCUUUAUUUAGCCCAUGUGUUUUACUUAAUGAGAAAAGAGGAGAAGUUGAACAGGAAAGAAGAAGAACUUAAAAUGGUUCAGAAUGAAGGUGCCAAUGUAGACAUGCACCUUAAACAAAUCGAAAUAAAGAAAUUCAAGUAUGGCCUUGAAGAGCAUGGAAAAGUCAAGAUGCGAGGUGGACUGCUUCGCACUUACAUCAUCAGUAUUUUAUUUAAAUCAGUAUUUGAAGUUGGCUUCAUUUGCAUUCAAUGGUACAUAUAUGGGUUUAGCUUAAGUGCCAUCUAUACAUGUAAAAGAAAUCCUUGCCCACAUCAAGUAGACUGCUUCCUUUCUCGACCCACAGAGAAAACCAUUUUUAUCUGGUUCAUGUUAAUAGUAUCUAUAGUUUCUCUUGCUCUAAAUAUCAUCGAGCUAUUCUAUGUCACCUACAAAAGUAUCAAAGAUGGCAUCAAAGGGAAAAAAGACCCAUAUUCUGCCACAAAUGAUGCUGUGGUUUCAGGGAAGGAAUGUGGCUCCCCAAAAUAUGCCUAUUUUAAUGGCUGUUCUUCUCCAACUGCUCCCAUGUCUCCACCUGGUUACAAGCUUGUUACUGGAGAAAGAAAUCCUUCUUCCUGUCGCAAUUAUAACAAGCAAGCGAAUGAACAAAACUGGGCAAAUUACAGUGCAGAACAAAACAGGAUGGGACAAGCUGGAAGCACAAUUUCUAACACUCAUGCACAGCCAUUUGAUUUUUCUGAUGAACAUCAGAAUACUAAGAAAAUGGCACCAGUACACGAGAUGCAGCCCCUGACUAUAUUGGACCAAAGACCAUCUAGUAGAGCAAGCAGCCACGCUAGUAGCAGACCUCGACCUGAUGAUUUAGAGAUCUAGUCAAUUUUGAUGUUUUACCCGAAGACACAUUUGAAAAGUGGAGGUGGUACUAAAUUCUCUCAAAUGAGAUUUAACAAACUUUGAUGUACUUUUGAUAUGGCGAGGAAGAAUCGCUUUGAUAUUUAAGUAGCUCAUACACAUUUUUACAGUCUUAAAUGACUCAAACAAUAUUUCUUUAGAACGCAUGUGUAAGACAACUUACGUGUUUUCAAUUCACCCAAAAAAGUGAAAUAUUUUGGUGACCAAUUUUGUUUUAUGACUAAGCAAUUAAGGUCAUUUUAUUAUGUAUAAUCAACUUAAACAAUAGUUUAACUGGUAGGAACCUUUUAGAAUGCAUUCUGGAAAAAGACACCUGGAUGUUUCUCAAGACGACUAGCAUUUUUUACUUGCCCCUUUUUCUUUUUCUGGUUAAGGAAGUGAUGCUUAUAUAACUGACUUCUUUUUUCGUGUACCUUAUACUACAACAUAUUUGUUUCACAAUGAGCCCAUCCCAUGCUUUCUAAAUGGGCCAUUUAAUUGUGGAUGUCAAAUCCCAAAUACCACAGUGAUUAACAAGGUGGAGUUCUUCACCAAUUGUAAAGAAUCCAGCAAAUUAAUUCUAGGCGUAUGCUAUAGACCCCCUAAUGUAAGUGAGGAGGAAGAGACAAAGCUCCUA